GCUAGAUCAAAAACUCAAUCAUCAACUCCAAUCAUUUUAUUGACCUGGUGACUUGCGACUUUCAGACUGGCUCUGGUUGUCACAUAAUAUAUUUACGAUACACUAUCAUUCUAUCAAAAUAAAGGAAAAAGCUUCUUGUAGAAGUUAGACGAUAAACGCACCAGUGGUUUUUGUUAAUCGAUCAAGAAUAACGUUUGUGCAACUUUAGUCAAGAUGAGGUUCACAAUCUUCUUCAGUGCCGUCAUCCUUUUGAGCUUUCCAGCCGUCCAGUCCUUGCCCCUCGACUCGGCGGAUUCUGCUCGACCAAUCCCGGCUAGCAUCCAGUCCAAAUCCGACGACACCGGUGCUCGAUCGUCGCAAGCUACGAGCUCGUAGGCUUCACCAGUCUCGGAUAAUGUUGGAGUAAUCGAGAAAAGUUAAUUUAAUUUGAUCAAGUUUGCAUUGCAAAAGGAGACUCCCCUAAUAGAUCUUUCUUCUCCUCUAUGCCACAAAACAAAUCAACCACCUCUCAUUGAUAGCAGAUAAUGAUGUUUAUGAUCAGCACAAAACUCGCCCCCACCCCAUACUGAUUUGAAGUUUUUGUUUCAAAAAUCUUCUUCUUCUCAUAUUCCCGGUAUUUCAUUGUUUUUACACCUCCUCUCAACCUGGAUUUGCUUGAGUUUCUUGAAAGUGCUGGAAUGAUUCUUGUGUCAGCUAAUAAGUAGACUCCCCAAGCUUUGUACACAAUCAUUUUCUUUCCAAAACAACACCCAGCUUUUCACUUUUUCUUGGAGUUGAACUAGCUCUAGACUGUUUGAGUUUAAUCAUCAUUCCUCACCUGUAUCAGUAUGCUGAAAUACACACCUGUAGCAAUGUUUAUAUUUAUUCAUUUUAAGAGGAAACAAAGAUAUGUUUCAAAAAUCAAAAAGAA